CAAAAGAGUAUGCGCAAAUUAAACGUGCGCUAAAGGAGGGUGCGCGAAUAAAAACUGCGCAAAAUUUCAAACUCGGGAGAGCGCAAAAAUUUAAUGAAAUGAAUUCCCGGCGCUAUAAUACCUCUGUUUACUUAACCACCUUUAUUUUAUGAUAAGGUAAAAGCCGGUGGUAGGAAUAUUUAAGUAAAUGUCAUAUGGUGGUUUAAGCUAUAUUUUACAAAUUGUGAAAAAGAGUGGGAAAUUUAUUUAGCUUAUGAUCUUUUACUGUAAUGUCAGACAGAAUAAUGUUUCAGACGAACUAUGUCCGAUGACAGGAUCAAUUCUCCUUACUCCACAAAUCCUAAUUGUUUCUUUACGUCUCUCUUAAUUACUCUCCUCCACACCACCACAGUACAAAAACUUGGUUCAAAUGUUUCAUUAACAACAUAAUGGUUUCAUACUGGCAUUUGAGGUGUACUGACAAGGUUUAUAGUUUAAAUAACAAGAACUUGCAACGCAAUUAACUAAAGCUUGAGAAAAGUCAAAGUUUAAACUGAUUACAAGAUGGCAGGUGCAGAAAAACUGGACAUUGAAACCAGAGAGCAAAAGACAAAACCACAAAGCUCGCUAAAGCGUAAACUGUUAAUCACUGCAAUUGUUCUUAUUAUCAUUAUAAUAAUUGUCGUCAUCAUAAUAGUUGCAGUGAAAAGUAAAGAUUCAGACGAUAAAAACGAAACAAAUAGUCGAAGCAAAAGAGCACUAGCUGUUUUAGAUGAAUACCCCUUAAUUGAUGGACAUAACGAUCUACCUUGGCAAUUACGAAUUAAUUACAAGAAUCAACUUUCCAAGGUCAAUUUAAAUGACAAGUACAUCAAGGGAUAUGAUAACAACAGAAAGUUGCAUAAUCUUCAUACCAGCAUCCCAUUAUUGAAGGAGGGAAAAGUUGGUGGACAAUUUUGGGCCGCUUACCUGUCAUGUAAAACACGUGAGAAUGAUGCAAUUCGAAAUGUUUUGGAACAAAUUGACGUCAUCAAGAGAUUUUCCAAACAGUAUAACGACACUUUUGAAUUUGUAACUACCGCUGAUGGAAUUCUCAAAGCGCACAAAGAUAAAAAAAUUGCUUCACUUAUUGGUGUUGAAAGUGGAAUGGCUAUUGAUUCAAGUUUAGCAGUGUUACGUAUGCUGUACGAACUUGGUACACGUUAUAUGACAAUCACUCACUCAUGCAACGAGCCUUGGGCUGACAAUUGGAAAGUCGAUAAUGUAAACUCCACAGAUCCAGCUCGAAGUAAUGGCCUCUCAGCUUUUGGAGAGGAAGUGAUUUUGGAGAUGAAUCGACUGGGAAUGCUGGUUGAUUUAAGUCAUGUAUCUUACCAAACUAUGAAAGUCGCCUUGCAAAUUACACGUGCACCUGUGAUAUUCAGUCACAGUGGAGUUUAUGCGGUUUGUAAUCACAACAGAAAUGUCAGGGACGACAUCUUACACGAGGUUAAAAAAAAUGGUGGCGUUGUGAUGGUAGUUUUUUAUAACGCUUAUGUAAACUGUGCACCAAAUAAGACCAACACAACAACAGUUGAAUCUGUGUUACGUCACAUCAACUAUAUAAAGAAUCUGAUUGGCUCAGAAUAUGUUGGAAUAGGAAGCGAUUAUGAUGGAGUGCCAGAUGUGCCAGAAGGGUUAGAGAACGUCUCAAAAUAUCCCAACAUUUUCAUGAAAUUAGCAGAACAAGGAUGGAGUGACACAGAAUUGAAAAACUUAGCUGGUGCUAAUUUAAUUCGUGUUUUCAAAAAAGCGGAAGAGAUUUCGAAGCAGCUUGCAAGUGAAAAACCAAAAGAAACUUUAAUGAAAGUCGAAGAGUUUUUCAACGUCAAUGGAACAUGCAGAAAAGACUGGUUGGAAGGUCGUAACGCUAGUUUAUUGGGAGGGAAAUAAUAACUUUGCGUAACGUUGGUUUUGUAUAUUAAGAGAUGUUCAACUUUCACGCAUGCACUUAAAGAAGAAGAACUUGUGCUCAGACAAGAAAAAUCCAUAGUGGAUUUGCUUACUUGUCCUACUUGAACUUACCUAUACUUCUUUUAAACACGUUGGCAUAAUUCAAUGCCUUGGUUCAUAAUGUAUUUAUAAGGUUUUUUUUUGUUGUUUUUUAUUUAUAAACUAGUUGGUAGCCCAUGGAAAA